AUGGCAGACGACCCCGUCUCUCCUCUCCUUCGCCUGCCCACUGAGCUCCGCCUCCGGAUCUACGAACUCGCCCACGACGCAAAGUACAUCAGUCCGAGACUAACCUGGCGCAACGACUUCACUCUCCAUCUCUACGGAAGUCAAGACUACCAUGGCCAAGUCAUCACCACUUCUGGCUCGCCCUUCACUCUCCUCCGAGUAUGCAAACAGCUCUACACCGAAGUCCAACCCAUGCUCCCACCAAUCCGCUCCAUCUGCUUCGAGUUCAACGACUUCUCCGCGACAGAUUUGGCGCGAUGGCUGGCCCUGCUGACUCCCCGGCAAGUCUCCGAGAUCAGGAAAAUCAAAAUCUUCGGAUGGGGAAAAUGUCAACUCCGCCAGCAGAAUCACCAGAAUGCAAGAGAAAACCCGUCUUGUGAUCGUAGUCUCCUCGUCGACCUCUCACAUUACGAACGGACUUUCAACCGUACGGCUUUCCUCAGCACUGUCGGGAGGAAUCCCCAGACGGGAGGACCGAGGGAUAGUAAAUUCUACCGGGGCUUCUAUCUGAUGCGACGGCUGGAAGGCUGCGUCGUGAUUCCGAAGGCGUAUAGCCACGAGAGGAACAGUGUGGGACAGUGCAAUUCCGUGACGGAUCAGCAGCUUGCCGUGGCGGAGUUGAUCACGAAUACCGGGGAGGUGAAUACCACCAAGGAAGGCAUUGAGGGGUUGUUGAAGGCGGUCUUGACAGAUGAGAUUCCGGGUGGCCCUGGUGUGAGACGGUUGGGUUACUCUUGA